CGAUAUCAAUUUUUAAUAUUUACAUAUUAUUAUCUACAUUCUAUUUCACUUAUAAGCACAUUUCACACUUCAGCAUUUCACACUUUUCAAAGGUUGGACAGACUCUUAUUUGUUUUUGCUUUUUGAUUCUCAUUUUCAGUGGCUUGAGCAAUCUAUUCUAGACUUACAAACAUCCACCAUACAGAGCUUGCAGUUAUUCGGCAUUAUGUUAAGAUCUUUAAUAUUAGUUAGAGGAAUACAUAUAUCCAGUGCAAACUGGUCAUCUAGCAAAGCACAACUUUUAAAAUUAAGAAAGAAAACAGGAUAUCCAUUUGAAAGCUGUAAAAAGGCUUUACAAUUAAAUGAUAACAGUUUAGAAAAGUCAGAGGUAUGGCUAAAAGAAGAAGCUCAACGACUAGGAUGGGCUAAAGCUAACAAACUGGCCAACCGUGCUACAGUCCAAGGAGUUAUUGCAUUUGCAAUUGAUAAUCAGAAAGAAGUGGCUACUAUGGUGGAAGUGAAUUGCGAAACUGAUUUUGUUGCCCGGAAUAAGUGUUUUCAUUCUGUUGUUGAAGUAGUCACCUCAUCUUGUUUAGAUUUUGCUAAACAACAAAAAGCCUUAGAGAAUUCAUUUUCUAAGGUUAAUUUAAAAAGUGGCGAUUUAAUGGAGUUAAGCGGUGCUGAAGGUAAAUCGUUGGCUGAUCAUGUUGCAGUUACUAUAGGUAAUCUUGGAGAAAAUGUUACUCUCAGACGUGCAACAUGUUUAAACACUAGAGACACUGGUUUGAAUAUUAUGGGUCUUACUCAUCCAUCUAAUACUACUGGAUCUCAAUUUCUUUCUGGUAAAUACGGUUCACUUCUAAUUUACCGUAAACAACAAGAUAGCGAAAAAAUUAACCAAAGGUCUAUGGAGAGUUCUCAUGAUGAAAUUCUUCGUCAAAUGUGUCAACAUGUUAUUGGUAUGAAUCCAAAAAGUGUUGGAGUACUUAAAAUACACGAACCCAUCAAAUCUGAAGACGUGGUGCCUGCUAAAACAUUCAAUGAAAAUGAUGAUUCAUCCUUGGAUAGUAUAGAUGACAAAAAUUCAGACUCUACAAUUGAAGAAGAUGGCAUGCUUGAACAAGCUUUUUUAUUGGACCCAUCUAUAACUGUAGGACAAGUAGCUACUGAUUAUGGGAUUGAUGUACUAGAUUUUGUGCGUUACGAAUGUGGUGAAACAUAAUUUCUACAUUUCUUUGUAUAUUAAGUAAUUUAAAUUUAAUUUUUAAUGAUCAUGUUCAACUGCUUUUUAUUAUAGAUAGAAAUUAUAAAAUGCUGUUUUAUUUUUAUCUUCAGUAUAAGAAAAUAAUUCUUUAUUAUUAUUUAUUUGAUGGUAAAUAUUACCUUAAAUAUUUAUUAAUGAAUAUUGUGUAGUUAGAAAAUUAGUUAGAGAACCAGAAAACAGAUUUUUUACUUUAAUAUCUUUCAUAUUACAGUAUAAUUUAUAAGAUGCUGUACUGUGGGUUAUUCACCAAUUAACAUUUUAUUGUUAUUCAAUUA